AGCAAGACUAAGAAAACAAAGUUGAGAUGUUUUCUGAAAUGCUGAUUUGCAGACUUGAAAUUAAUAACCUCUUCCAGUAAAAGAAGUGAUACAACACCAAAGUCUGACAGUGCCGAGGGAGAUGGAUAUGGCAGUGAAAGGUAGAAAAUACAUUCUCUUGCCCCUCUCCUCUGCCCUCCUGGAUCGCAGCGCUCCACUUCAAAGCGCUAGAAGUCCCCGAGAUCCCACCGGAGGCCAGCCUCUAAACGCACAGGUCACCAAGAAACACACAGCCUAGCUGCUGCUGGGGAUCGUGCCCUGCGUGCCUGCCCGAUUCACGCCAGCCAUCGCCGCCAUCCAUCGCCGAUAGCUGCAGGCAGGUCUACGCCACGCCACGCAGACCGAAGGAUGCUCUCGAGAUGCUGCUAACAGGCCAAUAUCAGCUAUACCUCUUCUGUUUCAUAUGGUGAAAUGGAUGACUGGGACAACAGCGAUGAAUUUGUUCAGCGACUGGAUUUUUCCAGUUGUGGUGAAGAGAGUGAAGACAGAAGUGUAAGUGAGGAGGACAUCCUGAGCUCGAGCCCCCCCAGGAGCUGCGAGUUCCAGCAGUGUCAGGGGAGCAGUCCUGUGCCAGCAACCCCUCAGAGAGAGUUCAGUGAGAUUUUCCUGAGCAGGACAAAAGCCUUGAUGAGUCCUACCAUCAAGCCUUCCCCGGCCAUGAGCAAGAGCCAGGGUAAUGCCGAGACACCACUGCACAUCACCUGGAAAAAGCUGCAGCUGUGUGACACCCCGCACACUCCCAAGAGCCUGUUAUCGAAGACAGCUUUUCCUUCAUCUGGGACAAAGGUCCCACCCAAAGGCUUCCGACAUCUGAGAUUUACUCCUGGUGAUGACUCAGAUGAUUCUGCCCAAGCUUCUCAUGUCAACAUUAAUCCCUUUACACCAGAGUCAUAUCGACAAAUGCUCUUUCUUCCUAACGGCAAGCGGAAGACCAGAGAAGAGCUGAGUGAUUCUGACCCAAGAAACUGGAUAAAACAGGAGAUACCUACAAAGAGAUAUCCUCUGAAAGAGAGCAAUAUGGUUUCCCGCUACAAGAAGGAGUUCCUGGAACUAGAAAAAAUUGGUGUGGGGGAAUUUGGCUCUGUCUACAAGUGCAUCAAACGCCUUGAUGGAUAUGUUUAUGCCAUCAAACGUUCCAAAAGGCCUCUGGCAGGAUCCUCGGAUGAGCAGCUGGCACUGCGCGAGGUUUAUGCUCAUGCUGUCCUUGGACACCACCCCCAUGUUGUGCGCUACUACUCGGCGUGGGCAGAGGAUGACCACAUGAUUAUCCAGAAUGAAUACUGCAAUGGUGGGAGUCUCCAAGACAUGCUGUUUGAAAAUGCAAAGCUUGGCCAGUAUUUCUCAGAAGCAGAGCUGAAAGAAAUAUUGUUACAAGUCUCCAUGGGGCUAAAAUACAUCCACAACUCUGGCCUUGUGCAUCUGGAUAUCAAACCUAGUAAUAUCUUCAUCUGUCACAAGCUGGCAGUUGUGUGCCCUGCUGGGCAGGAAGAGAGUGACAGUGAAGAUGAAUUAUCUUCUGGUGUGGUGUAUAAGAUUGGUGACCUUGGCCAUGUGACAUCAAUAACAAACCCCCAGGUGGAGGAAGGAGACAGACGUUUUUUGGCCAAUGAGAUUUUGCAAGAGCAAUACUACUGUUUGCCGAAAGCAGACAUCUUUGCCCUGGCACUCACAGUAGCUCUAGCAGCCGGUGCGGCACCGCUGCCUCACAACGGGGCCAUGUGGCACAACAUCCGCGAAGGCAAUUUCCCACCGAUCCCCCAGAAGCUUCCUCACUGCUUUCUUGAACUCCUCAAGCUCAUGAUCCAUCCUGACCCAGUGGAAAGACCUUCUGCCACAGCUCUUACAAAGCAUCCAGUUCUCCGUCCUUCAUGUGGAAAAGCUGUGCAGCUCCAGAAGCAGCUAAAAGUGGAGAAGUGCAAGACUGCCAUGCUGGAAAGGGAACUUAAAGCAGCCCGCCUUGCCCAGACCCUCAUGAAGAACCAGCCCUUAGGAAGUGCCAAGUUGCAAGAGUCUGAAACAUCUUCUAAGCAGAACAGCAAGCGCUUGGUGGGAGGGAAGAGCUGUCGCUCAUUUAGCUUUACUUUGGGUUACUGAACUUCUGUGUUGUCCAAAAAGCUCUGGCUGCUGAAUGGCCCUGUGAAAGCAGAGGGCGUGCACACGCCAAUGCCCCAUGUUAGCUCUCCCUGUCAUGGUUUUUGGUUCCCUCAUUAGUUAUGGUGAGAUGUUGGCUGAUGGAAGAAGGACUAUCUGACAAGUGUCAGAUCAUGGGAUUUAAGAUUAUUGUCCUCAGUCUUUUACCUGUUUAAUUUCUUGUGUAACUGGUCUUGGUCUAGACUCAGAAUAGCUUUUCCAUGCAAGGGAAAGGUUGGCAUUUCCUUGCUUCGCUCUUUGUCUAGUUGGGCCCUGUUAUUGAUGACGUUUUUGUGGUCUUAACGCUCUGGCCACCUGUGUAUCUUUAGAGGGGAGAUAGUGGUUGUACAUGGAGACAGCAUCUACAGCUGGCUCCUCCUGGAAGUGAGGAGGUGGAGACUAUGGUAGACAGUUUUAACUACACAUCAGGAGACAGACUGGUUAUGUAGCAGUCCUGGUGGACUUGGGAUGCAAUUGGAGUGGCAUUUCACUGGGGGGGGGGGGCAAAGAAUAAUAAAAGGAAACACUUUGAGUUAAGGGGGCCUUACUUGUGGAAGUAGAAGAAAAACUUCCCCUCCCUUAACUUCCAGCGACAAGCGUGGCAUCAUGUAACUGAUGUGGUUAAGCUCUUGCAGACUAGUCCCCGAUGCCUGACUUGUUCUGUGUCAAUGAUCGGCAGGGAGCCCUUGCUUAGAGCGGGGGGAAUAGCUGCGGUGUGCUGGCAGGUGGGUCUGUGGACCCGGUUCCCUUCCACUGCCUCGCACGUGGUGCAACCGCCUGCCCGCAGACUGCGGCCUGUCAGCAAUGGUGAGGGAAAUCGUACCGCCGGGCUUCUCAGGCCUUGUCAGCUCUCUGGAGUUGCCCAUGUAAAGUGUGUAUGUAUUUUUAAUAUUCGUUAAAUCUCACCCCCCCCUGCUUAAUGUAACUUUCGGAGUCCUUGCCGGCUGCGUGUCUCGCUGUGGUAGCUGGAGUGCUGUUAGGCGGGAGAGCGUGGAGUUGGUAACUCGGUUAUUUUCGGAUUUUACUGAAGCUUGUUCUCAGGUGUUGGACAGCGCUGGCUUUUUAAACUGUUAGAUCCUACCCUUUAAGAAGCGAAACGUGCAAUAAAGAUUUUAAUCUUUUUUUUACCGACGACGGCGUGACUUUUUUCCUUUUUCCCCUGGGCCUCCGGGAGAUCUCAGUCACCCGUGGGCGAAGGGGUGGCCGGGGGCGGC